GACUGAGGCUUGUCAGUGUGUCACAUUGCACACAGGCAGAUAUUCCCCAAGACGCAGCUGCGGCACAUAAAGCUUCCAAUACUUCAGGAUGGCUGUGAAGCUGCUCCGCCUCUGCCUGCUGCUGGUGCUGCUGUGUUACAGCCGGGCCGAACAGCAAACCUGCCUCACAUCGGCCUCCAACUGCGACAAGUGCAUCCAGUCUGGCCCCCAGUGUGCCUGGUGCAACAAUCCUUACUCUGACAUCCACUGUAAUACCCUGAGGGAGCUCCUGAGUGCAGGCUGUCAUAAACAUCAUGUGUUUAACCCUCAGGGUGGGGUGCUGGUGGUCAAGAAUGACAGCAGCACCGAGCCAGAGAAUGCAAAGGCGAUGUUCCUCCAGCCGCAGGAGGUUUCCCUCCAUUUGAGGCCGGGUGUGAGCCAGUCCUUCCCUAUCACUAUCACCAUCCCUACAGACCAGCAGCCAAUCACAGAGCUGAACAUGGACACCAGCCCUGUGCCAGCGGGAGUCAACAUCACGUUCAGUAGCAUCACGGGUGGAAACCGUCUGGUCGUACAGGUGAAUGCUGAGGCUGCCUGGUGUCUCAGUGAGAGUGAUGACUCGAACCAGAUGCAGAACAGGACUGGGCCCUGGUCUGUUUACAUCACACCCAGAGGCUUUUCACUGAGUGUGAAGUUGGAGAUAGCGCCGGCGUGUAAAUGCGACUGCAUGAAUGACCGUGAGGAAAACAGCCCCAGCUGCAGUGGCCACGGGGCUCUGGUGUGUGCCCAGUGUGAGUGCUACAAGCCUUACGUUGGACAACAGUGCCAGAGGAAGGCCGGUUCAUUUUUUUCACCGAAUGAAGACCUCUGUCGCUCAGGCCCGGAUGCCCCUGUGUGCAGCGGUAGAGGGAGGUGCGUGGAGGGCUUCUGCGAGUGUGAGAAACGAGUAAAUCCAAAAGAAAUGUACAGCGGAGCCUUCUGCCAGUGCAGCAACUUUGACUGUCUGUACCACAACAACAGCAUAUGCGGAGGCAAUGGGAGGUGUGAGUGUGGAGAAUGCGUCUGUGAUAAAGACUGGACUGGUGAAGACUGCAGCUGCACCAUGGAAACUGCUUCCUGUAUGGCAAACAACCAGCAGCUGUGUAACGGCAGAGGGACGUGUUGGUGUGGAGCAUGUGUAUGUCAUUCAGAAUAUUCAGGCCCGACCUGUGAGGACUGCAUUCGUUGUUCGAGCUCAUGUGUGAACCACGUGGAGUGUGUGGAGUGUCUGUCGUUUGGGACAGGACCGAAGAAGGACAGAUGUGACCAGGAGUGUGGCUACCUCAACGUGACUUUGGUGGAGAGCCCAGAUGAUUUGCCUCAACAUGAAGAAGUUGAUGUAUUCUGUAGAAUGAGAACCUAUGAAGGCUAUUGCAUCUUUUACUACACCCUCUCCAGAACACCCUCCGGAAGAGAUUCGAUCGUGGUGCGACCUAAAGGAUGUUCUCGCAAAUAAAUCCAGUUUCUUCAGUGACUUUCAUGUAACUAAUGCUCCCAGUCUGCUUCAUGCAUUGAGUUUAAGUUUACUGAACAUUCACUUCUAAUGCUUUUUUUUAAACCCCCAAAAGGGCCUUGAAAGUCUAUAAAUCAUGAUUUUACGUUUUCCUCUUGGCGGCAUGUCUUAUUUACCAAGAGGCUGGUUCAAAAUGGAGAUGUAAUAAGUGCUGCAAAACCCGAAAAACUUAUUCAAGUGUUAUGAAGAACUAUAAGCAUGUUUGUGGCCAUGAAAGAAAAGCUGUUAUUAUAAUUAAUGGUUUAGACUUGUGGUCACAAAAUGUUUCCUAAUCAACAGACAGAUCAGAGAGCAUACCUCCAUUCGUAUGAUAAUGCAGUUGUUUCUCGCAGUGAGGCUGGUGCUGUGCUGAAAGCGAAGGUCUCGGGCCUGAAGACUUAGCUCCUGGCACAGCUCUGUUUUCUUCUUCUCUGAGAGGGAAAAAUAAUCACACCGGUAAGAGGAGCAGAGGCACAGUACAUCAUAGAGGGCAUCCUAUUACAUAUAUUUUUAACUUCAUCUGUAAUGGGACACUAACAACAGGUUAUAACAUAUCUUAUUUACUGCUUUCAGCAUUUUCUUCAUGAACAGCAAUCAUCAGUCUCCACAACAACCAUGAUGUUGUUCCUCUAAUUAGAAAGGGGCAGGCAACCAAAAAUGAAGCAGAUUCAUUUUCCAAAACUUACCAAAUGAUGUUACA